AUGGUGGGGAAACUCUACCAGUCUGUUCUAGUCACAUGUGGCAGUGAAGGUAAACAUGUGGCUCUGGUGCUGGGUGGGGUCACAUGGGGUGGGGUCAGGAACACAUGGGUUGGGGUCAGCUGGUGUGAAGCCAGUGCUGUUGCUCCGCAGGGAAGAGCAGGAGGUCGACAGUCAGAGCCCAGGCCCACAACUGUCCUGCAGAGAAAUGAUGGAAUGGAGAAGAGAACUAGAGAUCUACAACACCUGUGA